UUCAGAAUGUGAUAAGUGUUUUACACAGAAAUCAAAUCUUUUUAGACAUAAAAAAAAAAGUCACAUGGGAGAAAAACCAUAUUCAUGCUCAAAAUGUGGGAAAUGUUUUACAAAGAAAUUACAUCUUGUUAUACAUGACAGAAGUCACACAGGGGAGAAGACAUAUUCAUGUUCAGAAUGUGAUAAGUGUUUUACAGAGAAAUCAAAUCUUCUUAAACAUAAAAUAAAAAGUCACAUGGGAGAAAAACCAUAUUCAUGCUCAAAAUGUGGGAAAUGUUUUACAAAGAAAUUACAUCUUGUUAAACAUGACAAAAGUCACACAGGGGAGAAGCCAUAUUCAUGUUCAGAAUGUGGGAAAUGUUUUAAACAGAAAUCAAAUCUUGUUUCACAUAAGAGAGUUCACACAGGAGAGAAGCCGUAUUCAUGUCCAGAAUGUGGGAAGUGCUUUACAGAGAAAGCAAAUCUUCAUAGACAUGAGAGAAGUCACACAGGUGAGAAACCAUAUUCAUGUUCAGAAUGUGGGAAAUGCUUUAUAGAUAAACCAAGUCUUGUUAUUCAUGAGAGAAUUCACACAGGAGAGAAGCCAUAUUCAUGUUCAGAAUGUGGGAAGUGCUUUACAGAGAACUCAAAUUUUCGUAGACAUGAGAGAAGUCACACAGGAAAAAAACCGUAUUCAUGUUCAGAAUGUGAAAAAUCUUUUGCACAGAAAUCCAGUCUUGUUAGUCAUGAGAGAAUUCACACAAUGGAAAAGCCAUACUCUUGUUCAGAAUGUAGGAAGUGCUUUAGAAAUAAAUCCCAUCUUGUUACACACAAGAAAUAUCACACAGCAGAGAACACAUACUCGUGUUCAGAAUGUGGGAAAUGUUUUAAACAAAAAUCAUAUCUUAUUGCACAUGAGAGAUAUCAUACAGCCAAGAGGCCAUUUUCAUGUUCAGAAUGUGGGAAAUGUUUUAGACAUAAAUCAAAUCUUGUUACACAUGAGAGAAUUCACACAGGAGAGAAGCCCUAUUCAUGUUCAGAAUGUGGGAAAUGUUUUAAACAGAAAUCAACUCUGGUUACACAUGAGAGAAUUCACACAGGAGAGAAGCCCUAUUCAUGUUCAGAAUGUGGGAAAUGUUUUAAACAGAUAUCAAAUCUGGUUGCACAUGAGAUAACUCACACAUGAGAGAAGCUGUUUUCAUGCUCAGAAUAUGGGAAAUGUUUUAUAUCUAAAGCAGAACUUAUGGAACAUCAGACAAGUCACACAGGAUCGAAGCUGAUUUGA